AUGAGGCUGAGGACAUGUGAGAAGCAGAAGGUGAAUUACAGGAAAGGGCUAUGGUCGCCUGAAGAAGAUCAGAAGCUGAAGGAUUAUAUACUGCAAUAUGGCCAUGGAUGCUGGAGCUCCAUUCCUGCAAAAGCUGGAUUGCAAAGGAAUGGGAAGAGUUGCAGGCUUAGAUGGAUAAAUUAUCUGAGGCCGGGGCUGAAGAGAGGGAUAUUUACAUCAGAGGAAGAAGAGAUAAUAAUGAGCUUGCAUGCAAAGUUAGGCAACAAGUGGUCUCGGAUCGCAGCUCAUCUGCCUGGAAGAACUGAUAACGAGAUCAAGAACUACUGGAACUCAUACCUCAAGAAAAAAGUCUUACAAUUAAAUCAUCAAAAUACCAUAAUUUCGUCAAAAGAGCUGAUCAAUACUUCCAUGAAUCAGACCUUCAAUUCUGAAAACUUUCAAUUGGAAUCGAUCAACCAAAUCUCCACAUCUUCAGCUUGCAGCAUCAAUGAUAAUGGAAGCUUCAAAAGCUCUUUCCCUAAGGUUUUAUUUGAAGAAUGGCUAAGUCCUCAAGACAUGGGAGGAAGAGAAGAGUUUGAUGACAAUGGCUUAUUUGAGGAGAUGCAAUCGCUGGAUAUGUUGGGAGAGAUGAUAGGUGACAUUGAUAUGAGCUAUGAUUUUAUUUAUUGA